CUUGUUACUGCUACAAAAGAUUAGUGCAGAAUCAGAUAAGCUUAUUGUGAAUAAUUCAAUAUUGAAUAUAUUGAUCAUAGUUUAUUAGAUCUAAGAGUGCUAAGACUCUAAGUUAGUUGAUCUGAUUGUUUCAUAUAAUUAAAGUAGAAAUUGUUCCUAAAAAUUAAAUAAAAGGCUAUUUAUGAUGAACACUACAUUGGCACUGCAUACUGGGAUAGAAAACAAUGUGCGCUUUGAGUCAACAGAUCAUGGUAAAUCUGUGCUUGCUGGCCUACAACACUUGAGAGAGAUGCAACAGCUGUUUGAUGUUAUACUUGUUGCUGAAAGCAGAGAGUUUCCAGCUCACAGAGUAGUUCUUGCAUCUUGUAGUGAUUAUUUUAGGGCAAUGUUUACAGAUGGUUUGAGAGAGUGUAAGGAAUCUCGUGUCAAUCUCAAUGGUCUUACUGCAUCAAGCAUAGCAAAUCUCAUUGACUUUGCUUACAAUUCUACUAUCAAUAUAGACUCUGAUAAUGUGCUAGAUGUGUUGUCUGGAGCUACUCAUGUGCAAAUACUGCCAGUCAUCAACGCAUGUGAAAAUUAUUUAAAAGACCACCUUAGCAUUGAGAAUUGUGUGAACACAGCCAAUGUUGCCGAACUCUUCUCACUGCAGCAUCUGCAGCAACAUGUUUUCAACUUUGUCUGCCGCAACUGGGCAACUUUUUCAAUGUGUGGAGACUUCCAUCAUCUCACGCCAGAAUUUUUGGUGGCUGUUUUAUCAUCAGGUUACCCUGUCAACUGUAAAGAAAUAGAUGUCCUGAUGUCCAUUCUAAGCUGGUUUUCUUACAUCCCUGCUGAAAGGAAAGCACACAUUGUAGACGUUUUGCAGUGCAUUGUGUUUGAAAAUAUUUCUGCUACAGAAUUUUCUAUUGUUCUGGGCACAAAAGAAUGGUUUGAGUUGACUGACGUGUGUCCCAAGUUAUUUGAGUAUUUUCCAACUUUAGCCAGACUGUGCACUGACAAUGUGGAUCUAGCAUCAUAUGAGGACACUAUCAUCAGUGUGACAAACUACAGCCCGCGGGUCAAGUCUAAAGUUUCAGUCACAAGAAUAGAGUUAAAAUCACCACCAUGCAAGAUGGUGAGAAAGCGUAAAAUUCCGGGUUUGGUCAAUUCUAGAGGCUUCCACUCAACCAUAAUUGUAGCGGGCGGGUUUCGCAAGGAGUCAGGCAUGACAAACAAUGUCAUGUAUCUGGACAGGAACACCUCCUCCCUGCGUCACCUGACCAAGAUCCCCCAUCUGGACCAGAUCAACUUUGGCAUGACUGUUUUCCAAAAUCAGCUUUACAUUGUUGGUGGCUGCUUCAAUGAUCACAUGCAAGAGAUUGCUCACCCUUUUGGUUUUCGCUACUCACCUACGCUGGAUGAGUGGAUCAGUAUAGCCCCAAUGCAUCAGGAGAGAUGCCGUUUUCUUCUCUGUGCCACUGAAGACAGAGUGUAUGCCAUCGGGGGAGACCCGUAUGCUUCUGAUGUCGGCCCAGAAGAUGUGUCCCCGUGUGAGGUGUACAACCAUAAGACCAACACCUGGAAACAGAUUAGCCCUCUCCCUGGCAACCGGUCACAGCUGGCCGGCACCAGCCUGGGGAAGUUGAUGCUCAUUUCUGGAGGAAUUCAGGAAAAUGAGGAAAAGGUCUUUCAAGAUUUCUACCAGUACGAGCCUCGCUCGAAUACAUGGAUCAGAAAAGCUGACCUGCUGACCCCACGAGCUGACCAUGCCAUGUUUGUCUGGGGUGGGAAGGUGUAUGUCAUUGGAGGCUGGCACCUUGACCCUCUGACCAAUCGCAGGAUAAUGGCAACAAGUAUAGACUGUUAUGAUUUCCAUACCAAUUGCUGGGAAGUGAUUGCAUCCUUGAACAGAGUACGUACAUAUGGUACUUACACUUUAGAUGGUGACUGUAUUUAUGCCAUAGGAGGCUGGUGUGAUGGAGAUCACUCACAGAAGUGGCGGUGUAUUGACGCAUUUGAUUUGAGAUUCCAGACUUGGGUCCAGGAGAGGGAGCAGAGUGUGGCCCUGUGGGAACAUGGAGCCUGUUCCAUUUAUUUACCCAAGUUUGUUCCUUCCUCUUGACACUAGUUACAGUCAGUCAAAUGUUGUUUACAAUUUUAAUGCUUCUUCUCAGAUAAGUUAUUUAUUUUUUAAUUUAAACUAUGUAAACUAAGAAAUCACAGUUGCAUUUAUUUUUUUCUUCAUUUAUUUUUUGCAAUUUUUAUUGGUUGUUAUUUGCCUUAAUAUGAUUUUUUAGAUAUUUUAAGUUAUUUUUGAUAAUGAUUAUAGUUAAUAAAAACAAAGCCAGUUUCAUCCAUUUUUGUUUUGAUGUAGGGUUGCCCCUGUUUUGCCCUGUCUCAGACUUGUAGUAUAUGAGUUAUGAAACAUGUUUAGGACAGUAUUGGCUCUGAGAAUGUUUGUACUGUAUACAAAAUAAAAUUGUUCACAAUUACUUUAAGGAUACUAACUAACUUAUACCUAAUAAAUCCUGUAUUCUGCUCAAUAUUAAAAAUAAUAGACAUUAGGUUCUGAUUUUAAAUUUUAAUGAUUUUUAGUCUUGAUUUAAUAAUUAAUUCUGUAAAAUUUAUUUGCUUUAUUUAAAGCCUGAAUAAUUUAUUAAAGUGGCCAAAAUGAGUGUAUCUUGUUUACAUUUUGAUUCAGUUGUCAAUGUUUUAUUUUGAUUAUUUAAUCUAUUUGUGCCAUCUCAUUUAUUAUGUAAUUAUUUUUUCUCAUAUGUAUGCUUUAAGUUUAUAGAAAGUUAAGUUCAUGAACAUGGGGAAUUGUUUCAUCCCUAAGUUGUGAAAUUCAUAAUAUUCAUAAACCAUUAUAUGAUCAUUUGCUAAUAUCAUUAACAUUAUUCACAAUAUGGAUGUUAAAAGUAUAAAAAAUAAAUAAAUAUUUGAUACUUCUUUAAUUUAUUAAAUUGAAUGCCAACAAUUUACUUUGGUUUUAAAGUUCCAUCCAUCAUCUGUAAGAGUGCAUCAGUCACCAGUUAUUUACUCAUGAAUAUUAUUAGUUUUUUUUUUUACUUCUAAUCCGAUCCAAUAUUUAAUUCAACAUGAUACAGUCACUAUAUUUAUUUGUGUGUAUUUAUUUUUUUUUUUACACAUGGCUAUAAAAUAUUAAUAUUAUAAUUAUAUAUCAGUAGAAAAUUCUUGAAAUAUUUAUUUUAGUUGUAAAAGUUAACAUACAAACUUGAUUUGUCUACCAAUGUUUGAGUCGAUGUAAUACAGGUUAUAGGUCAUUGAGGUCAGCACCUGUACUAUUUUCAACAAGUGAGACCUUUUGCUUACAAGUGUUGAAUAUGCAUUUAUUAUUUAUUGAUUCUAUAUUGAACUGAUUUAUCUCCUACUGUUAUUUCCCCUCCUUGUAUUCCCUCCCAUUUCUAUCACUGUUACCUGGAAUCUCACCCGUUUCAAACAAAAAAAUAUUUCAUCUCAUUGAUUCUUUAUCAGGCUUAUUGUGUUCCCUGAUAUUUUUAUCCAUAAGCAACAUUGGAAAUCUACAUUCCACUGCUUCAUAUGAUGUACAUAUUUCAAAAAUAAACAUAACCUUGAAAUAAAAUAUGCAAAUAAACAAACAAAAAUGUCUGACUAGUCGCAUAAUAAAGGCUUGUUUUGUUCAGCCACUUUAUACACAAUGUUAUGGCAUUAUUUGCCAUCCCAGCCAACUUUUGGCUUGGGUUUUUCUGCUUGAAAAUACUCCUGUAAAACUAUAUGUACAGCUGUUAGGAAUUCCCAAUCUACAUUCUUGUCUCAGAUUUUCACUCCAGUUAAAAAGUAUUUUUUUUUUUUACUCUGAUCUGUGCUGAAAGAUACACAGUUAAUUCCAACAUUGAUGAAACCACGUGAUUGACUAAAAUGUUGAUUGAAUAAAGUCAC